AUGCAACCAGCAGAGGAAGGCAGCCAGAAGAAUUACCUUAAAGAAAGGUUCGGUCAACAAUGUGCAGUGACUUCAAAAUCAGUUUUCCCCGAGAGAAGGACAUCAAAAGAAAAACAGGAACAAAUUUCUACUAAUAUAAAACCGAAGAAAGUCCGGCUUCUAUCAUACGACAGGACAGAACCAGAAGAGACUGAUGCCAUAAGGCAUAUUAUUAGGCUAAGAGAAAGGCUCCAAUGGAAAACCCCGUUAUUUCUGCAUAGUUUGGACUAUAGCCCUAAGACUGUCCUUCAGCAUCGCAGCCUAAAGGAACCUUUGGAAGAUGAUGGUGAAUUUAUAUACUGCCUUCCCCUGGAGAACAACAAAGGUGUCUUCAAUGAGUAUGACCUUCAAGCAGUCUCAGCCUACAAAGCGAAAAAUUGCAAAGUAUUUUGGAUGGUUACUGCUUCGUUUGUAUCGAAGAUCACCAAAACAGGCACCAACACGGAGGAGGUGGAGCUGAUUCCUACUCUGGACUGGCUUCUAGAAAGACAUUUCUUCUGUUUACUUCAGCAGUUUAAGAUAUUUUCCAACUUCCGGAUGAAUAAAGCCUUUGUAACUUGGAAACUGAAUGUUAAAAGAAUUAAAACAGAGAAGAGCAGGUCGUACUUGUAUGGCCACCUUUUUUGUGCUGACGAGUUGACCCAAAGUUGCUUGCUUUAUGUGAGAGGACUCUUUGAAGACGCGUUGACCAUCAAAAAGAGCAGCAAAGACAACUCCUCAGCCAUACAUCUUAUAGCGGUGGACAGUUCCAGAACUUACACUCUGGACAAGUUUUGUGAAGAACAGAUACAGCAAGCCACCCAGGCGGUGGCACAGCUAGAGGAGCUCAGGACUAAGGCUAUUGCAAAGAUAAAAAUCACAGCGCUAAAGGUUGCAGAAAAGAAAGAUGUUAAAGAAUACUUUGAGUCAAAACCAUCUGAAAUUGACACAACACAUUUUAAGCUGCCCCAGUAUCGGUGCUUGUUAGAAACAAAUUUAAGAUUUUUAAAGCUGAUCGAUUACCUGUUUCAAGAAUGCAUUCGCCAGCUCAUGAACUCUGCGAUUAGCCAGCUUUUGGAACUAUUCAUUGGUUCUGCUAGGAUGCCAUUUUCAAAGGAAAAGAACAAUGAAAGUCUCAUGAGGUAAGUGGCAUCAAGGAAGAUCUUUUCUAGAAAGAUAUCAAAUAAUGAUGAUGAAUUCAUUAAUUUGCAAUUACCUUCUCAUCCUCCUGUUCAAAACUCGGAACCCAAGACAGACACUGAUGUUGAUGUGAUUUUACAUAGAGAGAAAGUGGAGUUGGAUUUGAGAAAAACAUAUGCACCACCGAUAUUUGAAGUACACCUAUGUUUGAGAACUCCCACUUCUAAUGAGUCUCCAGAGGAUACUGAAGAGAAGGCUCAGAAGUCUGAACAGGGCCUUGAAGAGACUCUAUCAUGUGAUGAUGAUGAAUUUUCUGAAAGCAGAAGAAGUUUUGUGAGAACCUCAAGUGAAGACUUGCUCAUGAAAUACAAUCAGCCGAGCAAGUUUGAUACUCUCCUCAGACGUAUACUUUCAGACACGGGACUCAUGCUUGAGUCUGAGCAAGGGUACAUCUAUAAUAAAUUUUGUGAAUUCCCAACAAACCUCUUCAUACAUCCCAACAGACUGGACUUUUCAAUACAAAUCCAAAAUGUGAUAGCAACCAUAGAAAAAUAUAUAACCACGAUCACUCCUUUUCACCAAGACCCUCGCCUCUCCACCCUCAUUGAUUUGGUUUCAGCCCCAGAUUUAUCUAAUGAGAAAGAAAGUGUAAUCAAAUAUAAGAAGCAGGCCCGAUGGCCAGAUUUCUAUAUCCUCUUUGAAACAGAUGAUAACUACCAAAGCAAAAUUGUGACUCUGCUGACGAUUAUUGGUAAUUCAAUGGGCCUGGUUAGCGAUUACAGCUGCAGGUUUCUAAAGUACUGUUACAUGGUAGAAAAGGCCAAAGCCAUGAGUAUGAAACUGCCAUACAUGGGGAUCUUAACGUCAGUAGAGUUUAACACUAUAAUACAUAAAUUCAGGAGCUACCUAAAACAGAUUGUGACUAUGGCCAUUGAGAUGCGCCUUGGAAUUUUUUGUGUGAAAACUUUGGAUUAUCAAUUAUCCUGUUUACCAUAUGUUGACAACAUUAUAGAAAUGAGCUACAACCUGCUACGCUUUGCAAUUGAGGAAAAAAAUACAAGUCUAUUGGAAAUCUUAGAAUCAUCACUGCACCAAAUGGGUUGUGAGCCUGUGGAAGUAGAGGAAUUUGUGGAUCACUUUAAUUUUUUGGACGAUAUUUCCUCGAAUAUUCCUCAAUUAGAGAAAGAUUUCACCACAAUUUCUCAGUUGUACUCUGUUGUGAGGCAUUACCAGAUCGAAAUUUCUGAAGAGCAGAAUGCCAUCUACAGAAUCCUUUUCAUGAAGCUUAAUCAUCUAAAAACAGCUCUGAAGAUAUUUGCCACAAAUAAAGAAGCCACCCUAACUAAAUUCAGGAACAGUUUGGAAGCAUCUAUUGUUAGUUUACGAGUGGAUGUCAGUAACUUAAAAGAUAAAAUCAGAAGUCCCGUCCUGACGUGCGCCAGUACUCCAGUUCCAAAAGCCAAGGACAUGGUCAAGUCUCUCACAGCAGAAGCUGCAAACUUGACUGAAAAAGUGAAAACAUACUCAAGCUACCAGGAGUACUGUGACGAUUCCCAGUCACACAUGCACUUUCUUAACAUGGAGGAGAUGACGCAGAUUGUGCUGUCGGAGAUCUCCGACAUUGAGUGCGACCUGAUGCUGAGGAAGCUGCUAUGGGAGGCACAGGAAGAGUGGGCGAUAUUUUUCUGGGAAUGGAGGAGCUGCAGUCUCCAGAGCAUCGAUAUAGACUUAGUGAAGAGUAAUGUCUCCAAGUGGCUGCACGUAAUCAUUGUUCUGGAAAAAGGUUUACCUAAAAAUGACAUGGUAGCACACCUCAAACAGUCAGUGGUGGACUUCAAGCAAGAGCUUCCGAUUAUCAGAGCAUUGGGAAACCCUUGUCUCAAGCCACGACACUGGGAGGCUCUACGGGAGAUUACCGGAAAGUCAGUUUCUCUUGAUAAAAACCUCUCAGUAGAGAAAUUGCUAGCUCUCAAGAUGCUUCCGUAUGAAAAGAAAAUAAAUGAAAUAUCGAUGGCGGCCACGAAUGAAGCCGCUCUUGAGAAAAUGCUGUUCAAGAUCAUAGAGCUCUGGAACACGUCCCCCCUGCACUUGGUCCUGCAUCACACAGAGUGCUACUCCAUCCUCAUCAUCUCAUCCAUUGACGAUACCAUAGCCCAGCUGGAAGACUCCCAGGCCAUCCUCGCCACCAUCAGAGGGUCUUCCUAUCUGAAUCCAAUUAAGGAUCUUGUGAAUGAAUGGCAUCAAAACUUGAACCUCUUCUCUUAUACCAUUGAGGAAUGGAUGCACUGUCAAAGAAAUUGGCUUUAUCUUGAACCAAUCUUUAAUUCUUUAGAAAUACAAAAAGAUCUGGCAGCAGAGACAAAGCUCUUCUCCCAGGUGCUUGUCAUGUGGAGAGAAAUAAUGUCGCGAGUACUGAACAAACUGAACGCUUUGCACAUAACCAUCACUACAGGAAUCAUCAACGUUCUGAAAAUCUGCAAUGGACAUCUUGAAAACAUAAAGAAAAGUCUGGAGGAUUACCUUGAAAUUAAAAGAACGAUUUUCCCAAGAUUCUACUUUCUCAGCAAUGCUGAACUUCUUGAUAUUCUAGCCGACAGCAGAAAUCCCAAUUCCGUGCAGCCUCAUCUCUCGAAAUGUUUUGAAAACGUGAAACAUGUGCUGCUCUGGAAACAAGAAGUUGGCCCUCCGUCUGUGAAGAUGCUCAUCUCCGCUGAAGGAGAAGGUCUUGUGCUGCCCAAGAAAAUUCGCGUAAGAACUGCUGUAGAACAGUGGAUGGUAAAUGUAGAAAAGAGCAUGUUCGAUGUGCUAAAAAAAUUUCUAAUCCAAGGUAUUGAGGACUGGAACUCCAAGACUUUUUCUGAUUGGGUACUGUCACAUCCAGGACAAGUGGUCCUCACUGUGAGCCAGAUCAUGUUUUAUAAUGAUUGUAUGAAAAGUUUUAUGAGUUCUAAUGCAAGAGAAAAGCUAGAAGCAGUCCAUGCCUGUGUGCUAUGUCGUUUGGAAGACUUGGCUGUGCUGGUCACACUGAACACUAGCAACUUGUGCACGAAAGUCAUGCUGGCAGCAAUGCUGACCAUCUCUGUUCACUGUAGGGACAUCGUGACAGACCUGCUGGCCAAGAACAUCUCCAAUGCAGAGGACUUCGAGUGGACAAGACAUUUGCGAUAUAAAUGGAAUGAAAAGCAAAAGUUGUGUUACAUAUCUCAAGGAAACACCAAUUUUGUUUAUGGCUAUGAGUACCUGGGCUGUUCACCAAGACUGGUCAUCACGCCCCUCACAGAACGAUGCUGGCUGACUCUCACAACAGCAAUGCACUUCAACCUAGGAGGCUGCUGUGCUGGGCCAGCAGGUGUAGGAAAAACUGAGACUGUUAAAGACCUAGCAAAAAGCUAUGGUAAACAUUGUGUGGUCUUCAACUGUUUUGAAGAUUUGGAUUAUAAGAUAGUGGGGAAAUUAUUCUUCGGGUUGGUGCAGUCGGGAGCUUGGUGCUGUUUCGAUGAAUUCAACCGGAUAGAUUUAGAAGUUCUCUCCGUCAUUGCCUCGCAGAUCUUCGCCAUCAAGGUGGCAAAGGACAGCUACUCUGUGAGGUUCCUACUGGAGGGUAAAACAAUACGUAUCAAUAUGUCAUGUGCGGUGUUUAUUACCAUGAAUCCUGGAUAUAGAGGUCGAGUUGAGCUCCCAGGUAACUUAAAGUCUCUGUUUCGCCCAGUGGCUAUGAUGAUACCCCACCACAAAAUUAUCACUGAAGUAAUUCUGUUUUCAUUUGGCUUCAAAUCUUCAAAAUCACUGUCUGGAAAGCUAGUUAACCUGUACAACUUAGCUGACCAGCAGCUCUCAAAACAGGAGCAUUAUGAUUUUGGCAUGAAGACAUUGAAGACAGUUCUAAUAAUGGCAGAAAAGAAGAAACAGGAGUGUAAAUGUGACAAUCUUUCAGAAGCAGAUGAAUCUCUGAUCAUUAUCGAGGCAAUCCAAAAAGCUAGUUUAUCCAAGUUCCUUCCUGAAGAUGUCCCACCUUUUGAAAAGAUCAUUGAGGAUAUCUUUCCUGGAGUAACAGUGUCUAAGAUGGAACACCUUGUCUUGGAGAAAGCAAUAUCUAUUGCAACAGAACAAUUAGGCUUUCAACAUUGGCCACCUCAGAAAGAAAAGAUCAUACAGUUGUACCAUCAACUUCAGGCUUGUGUUGGUAUGAUACUUGUGGGCGCAACAGGUGGAGGAAAAACGACAGUCAGAAAAAUUUUAGAGAAAGCCUUAAUAAUACUUCCUGUUGCAUCUACCAUAUCACUUCAAGAAGGGCAAACUGACUCAAAGAUUGUAGGAAAAAAAGGAAAAGUAGAUGUUUGUGUUUUGAAUCCAAAAUGUAUCACUCUUAGUGAAUUAUAUGGACAUCUGGACAUUAAUACCAUGGAAUGGAAUGAUGGGCUAUUAUCAGCAGCAAUUCGAAACUAUGUGCAUACUAGCACUGCAGACUACUCCAAGAGAAACAGUACUCUCGGACUAAUUUCAAGAAUCACAGAUUUUUCUAAUAUUUUCCAAGUCGGUUCCUCCACUACAGCAGAUAUCGAUAACAAUACUUUUAUGAAAGCAGUAGAAAAGGAUGUUAAGACUCCAGAAACUCAUGAUUUUGAUUGGCAGUGGAUUGUGUUAGAUGGCCCAAUUGAUACCUUGUGGAUAGAAAAUCUAAACACUCUGCUCGAUGAAAACAGAAUGCUGUGCCUGGCUAACUGCGAGAGGAUUGCCCUGACUGACAGGAUCAGGAUGAUUUUUGAAGUGGACUCUCUCUUGAACAGUACUCCUUCUAUCGUCACCCGCUGUGCUGUGGUGUACAUGGAUCCUGUUGAUCUGGGAUGGGAGCCAUACAUUAAGUCGUGGCUUUUGAAAACUUCAAAAACUAUAAGUCAACGAGGAAUGGAGUGUCUUGGAUUACUGAUUAAAAAAAGCAUCACAGAAGGGCUAGAGUUCCUGAAGAGGAACAGAAAGUUCUUGCCAUAUCCCAUACAAGAUGUGACAGUCAUCAUGACUCUUUGCAGGAUUCUAGAUGCUUUGUUUGAAUUCAUGCAUAUAAAGAGAGGAGCUGCAAAAAGUGAUGAUGGAAUAGGCAAUGACUCAACUAAAGAGGCAAAACCUUUGAGAGUCAAGUUCAAGGAUGAAGGAAAAGGCUACUACCGGGAUGAAAAUGCGUGGUAUUUGGAGAAGAACCCUGAAAAGUUAACAGUGAUGAUUCAGAAGGUCUUUGUGUUUGCUUUUACGUGGGCGUUUGGAGGGAUUUUAAAGCGUGAAGACCAACAUGAAGAAGACCUGCUAUUUCGCUCAAGUUUUGAGCCUGAUUCUCUUGCAGAAGUAACCUAUAAUUUCGACAACCUUGUUCAUGAAUUAUUUGAAGAAGAUCCAGAAAAAGACUUUGGUGUCAUCUUACCAUGUGGCGAACGGUCUAUAUUUGGGUAUUUUCUGGACUUACAGCAUUGCGAGUUUAUGCCUUGGUCAAAUUUAGUUCCUAAUGCUCAAACAAUAAUUCAAAGAGGGACAUCGCUGCUGACUGACUUCCAGGGGUCCAGCGAGAACGUGCUACGGAUGAAGGAAUGUGGGGAGUAUGUAAACUACACCGCCACCAGGGACACCAUCUGCCUCUCUUUCCUCAUGAGCCUUCUCCUGAAGAACUCCUACCCUGUCCUCCUCACAGGAGACUCUGGUGUCGGGAAGACUACUAUCAUCAGUGAGAUGCUUGAAAAGCUAGAGGGCCGAGGAACAUUUGAUAUAAAAUACGGGUCAAUUUUAGGAAAAGUUCUGUUACACAAUGAAAUUAAAAGAUCAAGCAUAAGGCAGAAUAUCAGCAUCUUGCUUGCUGAAACCUACAAAUCAACCCUCGGAGGUUUUGAACAGAGUGCAAAGAAAGUAGAGAUUAAAACUGAUGACACCACAGUUAAAAAUGAUAAAGGAAUUAUAGUCUCUACAAUAAAUUUUACCACCAAUAUGACAGCGACCAAAACCAAGGAGAUGAUUCUGCGGAAGUUAGUCAGAAGAACCAAAGACAUACUCGGAGCCCCAAAAAACAACAGGAUUGUAGUAUUUAUAGACGACUUGAAUAUGCCAGUACCAGAUACCUAUGGAACACAGCCACCCCUGGAAUUCAUCAGACAGUUACUAGAAAUGGGCGGGGUUUAUGAUACUGAAAGAAAUUCAUGGAAGACUAUUCAAGAUCUUUCUAUAGUGGCUGCCUGUGCACCUUCUGCUAGUGGGAACGACAUCAGCCCACGCCUCCUCAAACACUUCUCCAUCCUGGCGUUACCUCACCCUCCACAGAGCACAUUAUGUACUAUCUUCCAGGCCCACCUGGGAAUGUACUUCUCCAUCCAUAACUUCAUAGCUGAGGUCCAGAAAUGCAGAGACCAGCUUGUGCUCUGUAGUUUGGCGAUAUAUUAUCAAGUCUGUAAGAACAUGCUGCCAACACCAACCAAAUGCCACUACAUAUUUAAUCCCCGAGACGUGUUCAAGCUUCUGCUGGGGUUGAUGCAAGCGGACAAGAGCGUUAUCAACUCUAAAGAGAUGGCAGCUCAGCUCUUAGUACAUGAAGCCAGCCGAGUGUUUCAUGAUCGGUUAAUUGAACCCAGUGAAAAGAACCUUUUCUACCAGCUUCUCUCAAAGGAACUGCAAAACCAUCUGCAGAUUCAUUGGAAGCAUGAGAGCCUGAUGAAUAACCCAACUCUAUUUGUGGACUUCAUGGAUAUAAAUAAACCUCACAGAAAAAAGAUCUACCAGAACAUCAGCAGCUAUGAAAAACUUCUCAGCAUACUUAAGAAAUUCCAACAGAAGUUGAGUUCAACAUCUCUGGAGAUGUCUCAUUCAACUGUAUUCUUCAAGGAAGCUAUAGAACACAUUACAAGAGCUGCCAGAAUCCUCCGACAGCCAGGGAGUCACAUGCUACUGAUUGGAACUGAUGCAUGUGGAAAAGAAACCUAUGCAACCUUAGCCUGUUACAUGGCAGAACACAAACUAUACAGAGUGCCUGUAACCCACAGUUAUGCAGUCUCAGAAUUCAAAGACAUGUUUAAAAAUGUGUUUAUUCAAACCGGCUUGGAAGAGACCCCCAUUGUUGUCAUGGUUGCCAACUUACAAGAACAACAGACAUCAUUUAUAGAAGAUCUGAACUACAUUAUCAAUGGAGGAAAGGUUUCUAACAUGUUUGAAAACGAGGAGCUGGAUUCCAUUGUUAUGAGGAUUAGAGCUUUUACUGAGCAUUCUAAUGUCAUGGACGACAGGAAAUACUUACUCACGUUAUUCCAGAAGAGGGUAUCUAAGAAUCUGCAUGUUUUUAUGAUCAUGAGUCCUACGGGAUCCAACUUCCGCCAGAAAUGUAGGGUCUACCCCUCUAUGAUUACCUCCUGCACCAUCGACUGGUUCCAUAAGUGGCCCGACGAGGCUCUCCUUAUUGUGGCCAACUCCUACCUGGGGGAAAAGCUGAAAGUAGAGAACAAGGAGGAUUUAAUAAGACAGUUUGCCCCAACGUGUGUGGAAAUCCACAAAAGUAUGAAAGAUUUGAGCACAAAGUACUUGGAAGAUACUGGAAGACACUACUACAUCACUCCCAGUAGCUACUUGAAGUUUCUGGAGACGUUUACACACAUUCUAAGAAUGAGACAGGAGGAGAUGCAGAUGAAAAGGAAUCGCUUCUACACGGGGCUGUCCAAGAUUCUGGAAGCAACUGCAUUAGUCACAGACAUGCAGGAAGAACUUCUGUUUAUCGGUCCUCAGAUAGAACAAAAAACAAAGGAAAAAGAAGCCCUGAUGGAAAAGCUGCGGAAAGACUCACAAAUAGUUGAAAAAGUCCAGGUGCUUGUGAAACAGGACGAGGAAAUUGUGGCAGAAGAAGUAAGGAUUGUGGAAGACUACGCUCAGAAAACUACCAGUGAGCUAAAAAGUGUCCUGCCUGCUUUAGAGAAGGCAAUUGUGUCUCUAAAUGCCCUGGAUAAAAGUGAUAUUUCUGAAUUAAGAGUGUAUACACGCCCCCCCUUCCUCGUCCUGACAGUCAUGAAUGCCGUGUGUAUCCUUCUACAGAAGAAGCCUAACUGGGCAACAGCCAAGCUGCUGCUUUCUGAAACGGGCUUCCUAAAGAAACUGAUAAACCUUGACAAGGACAGCAUCCCUGAUAAGGUGUUCCUGAAGCUCAGGAAGACUUUAAAUUUGACUGAUUUCAACCCCAACAAGAUUGCGCUGGUGUCUGUGGCUUGUUGCUCCAUGUGCCAGUGGGUCAUAGCUCUGAAUAACUACCACGAAGUCCAGAAGGUGGUGGGCCCCAAGCAGGCACAAGUGGCUGAGGCUCAGAAUGUCCUUCAAAUUGCAAAGCAAAGGCUGUGUGAAAAACAAAGAGGCUUGCAACUGAUUGAAGAGCAUUUACAGUUUCUACACACCUCCUACAGAGACAUCGUUACUGAAAAACAUCAACUGGCCAAUCGGAAAAAGCUGGCCACCAAGCGUCUGCAGUGCGCGUCCAUCCUGCUAACCGUCCUGGAAGACGAGAAGGAUCGAUGGCAAGAAACGAUUGACAUAAUAGACAACAAGUUGAAAGGCAUCUGCGGUGACUUACUGCUUUCAUCCGCAUGUGUGGCCUACAGCGGAGUCUUAACGCCAGAGUUCCGCCAGCCGGAGAUACAGAAGUGGGAGGGCCUCUGCCAUCAAUACAGAAUUCCCUUGUCAUCCAAAUUUUCCCUGAUAGAAGUGAUGGCAGAAAAAAAUGAGAUCCGCCGGUGGCAUAACCAAGGGCUGCCUCUUGGUCAGCACGCAACAGAAAACGCCAUCUUGAUGAAAAACACCCAGCAGUGGCCGCUGGUGAUCGACCCACACAAGCAAGCACUCCACUGGAUCCGUCAGAUGGAAGGGCCCCAGCUGCAAGAGAUGUCCAUGGAGGAUAGCAGCUGCCUCCAAACACUUAAAAACGCCAUGAGAACAGGAAAGUGUGUCCUCUUGCAGAAUGCCCCUGAAGCAUUCCCUCCCAGCUUGAAGGCAAUUCUAAAAAAGGACAUUUUCCAGAAAAGAGGGCAGUAUUACAUCAGAAUUGAUGAUGCUGAGAUUGAAUACAAUACAAGGUUCAGGCUGUACUUAUCCACAGAACUAGACAACCCCCAUUUUCUGCCAUCAGUUUAUACAUUUGUUACUAUUAUCAACUUCACGGUAACAUUCCAAGGCUUGCAAGAUCAACUCUUAUCUACAGUAGUAAGUCAUGAAGUUCCUCAUUUAGAAAACCAACACGCCCAGUUACUAGAGAGUAUUUCUCUUGAUGCUGUAACUCUGGAGGAACUGGAGGACAAAACAUUGACCUUACUCCAGAAAACAGAAGGAAGUGUAUUAGAUGAUGAAGAAAUUGUAGAAAUCCUAAGAAAAUCCAAAAUGACUUCAAAUGAAAUUUCCAAACGUAUCAAAGAAACAAAAAAAGCAGAACGUGAAAUUCAAGCAACUCGCAAGACCUAUCUCCCCAUAGCCACGCGGGGCGCCCUGCUCUACUUCGUGAUGGCCAGUCUCACGCAGGUAGAGUACAUGUACCAGUUCUCCCUGGAGUGGUUCCGGCAAGCUUUUGUUUCCUCGACAGUUUCCAAAGCCAAGCCUGAUUGGAAAAUGGACGAAACGUCCCAGGAAAGAGCUGACGAGACUUCUUCAAGUGUCUCAAAUCAACAGAAUCCAGAAAGUGGAAGAAAUUCCUUAACCACGGAUACUAAAAACGCAAUAGAUGUGUUGACAAGAAACGUGUUUAGGGCGGUCUCUUCGGCUCUAUUCAAUGAGCAUAAACUCUGCUUCUCCUUCCGGCUCUGCACCACAAUCAUGAGAGAUAAUGCCAGUGACACUCUGGUGGCCGAUGAUGACAUAGGAUUCCUUCCAGAGGAAGAAUGGAACAUCUUUUUAUACUCUGGCAUUUUGAUAAAUAUUAGAAACAUACUAUCCAAGCCUAGAUUGAAUAGUAUAUUUGAGAUACGCAGGAAGGAGCAUCUUCAGUGGGUUACGGACCUGAGAUGGAAGCAAUGCCAGUACAUCAGCAGCCAGAUGGAGCCAUUCUCCCUGCUCUGCAAAUCGCUCCUGUCCAACAAGUGGCAAUGGGACGCCUUUAGGGACACUAUGGCUGUCUACUCUCUAAUGAGCAGACCCUUCUCCUCAGAAGGGGUGAUACCUCGGGAAAGUCCCAGAUCACCAGAAGAGGCUAAACUUCUGAAUGAAAACGAUGAAAUGUUCAACCCUAUAAGUUUUCCUUGGGAAAAACUCACUCCAUUUCAAAGACUUAUCUUGAUUAAAGUUCUUCGGCCAGAACGUUUAGAGAAUUCAGUAAGAAAGUUUAUAGCUGAAAAAAUGGGAAGUGACUAUAUCCAUGAGACUUCAGUUAAUCUGAAAGAAUCCUAUAAAGAGUCCACAGCUCAGACACCGCUGAUCCUCAUUCACUCCUAUGGGAUUGACCUCAACAAUAUCCUCCUAAGAUUCGCACAAGAGAUCAAAGGAAUGACACCAAAGGUGACGGUGAUUUCCCUAGGCCGAGGCCAGGCGGCUAAAGCAGAAGAGCUCAUUUUUAAGGCACUGGACCAGAAGCAUCAGUGGAUCUUCCUCCAGAACUGCCACCUUGCAGCAUCCUUCAUGCCGAGACUCUGCGCUAUCAUAGAGUCAUUUAGUAAUCCAGAUAUGGUGAUAGACCCUGAUUUUAGGCUUUGGUUAAGCUCAAAAUCAUAUGGUUCUUUCCCAAUUCCUAUUCUUCAGAAGGGUGUGAAGAUCGCUGUGGAACCUCCCCAGGGAUUGAAAAGCAAUUUACUUCAAAUGUUUGGAUAUGGCGGGAGUGGGGAGGUAACAGAAGAGUUAUUUAAUAAGAAUGAUUGUGGACCGUGGUGGAAAAAGAUUCUCUUCAGCCUCUGUUUAUUCAAUGCUGUGAUCAAUGAGAGGAAAAUGUAUGAAACCCUGGGCUGGAAUAUCCCUUACAAAUUCAGUUCUUCAGACUUGGAGGUUUCCAUAAAGGUCCUGGAAAGUGUCCUCCCUGGCCGCUCAGAAGUUCCGUGGAAGGAACUGAACUACCUGAUUGCGGAAGUGAUCUAUGGUGGCCAAGUGACUGAUAAAUGGGACAAGCGAUGCCUGAAGACCCUUUUCAACAGAUUCUGCAGUCCUGAAAUGCUGGAGGCUAACUUCAGUUUCUCUAGCGAUGAGAUAUACCAGCCAGUGCCCAGCUCUGCAAGCUUACAGGACUGCAUACAGAUUAUCCAGUCAUUACCAGAUGACGACUCUCCUGAAAUCUUAGGGAUACACCCCGAGGCCACACACACCUGCAGUGAGACGAAGACACAGAAGUUCAUUGAAAAUCUCAUCACCAUGCAACCAAAAGCUAUUCAAGUCAACCUCAUGAUCAAUCCCCAGCAAAGCAAUGACGACCUAGUGAUGGAGAUCCUAUCUGACAUAAAGGUCCAGCUGCCCCUGACUGUGGAGAAUGAGGAAGUUUCUGGGCCUGAGAGUCAAUGCACAUUUAAAUACAUCAUGUUAAGUACAAUGUGGAAGAAGCUGCAGAAAACCGCUGAAGGUCAUGAUCCCCUUAUUCACUGUGUCUUGUUAACAUUUCUGAGCCAAGAAAUAAAACGUUUUGAUAACUUAUUAUCCGUCAUACAUAAAUCUUUAAAGGAUCUGCAACUCGCUAUAAAGGGAGAGAGCAUCCUCACGCAGGAUCUGGAGGAGACAUAUGACUCUUUCCUUCGAGCCAGAGUGCCCACGCUGUGGCAGAAGAACGCCUACAGUUCCUGCAAGCCCCUGAGCUUCUGGGUGAGCGACCUCAUACAGCGGGUGAACUUCUUCAACACCUGGGCCAAAGUGGCCUACACUGCCAUACACCAUCGGUACAUGACAUUUGUCACAACCUGGAAGCAGUCUACUGCAUCGGUCAAUCAGAAAUCCAAAUAUCCCACCGACUCUGAGAGUGAGGUCAUCAAAGGCUUUCCUGCGAGAUACUGGCUCCCUGCUUUCUUCUCUCCAAAGGCCUUUCUUACUGCUGUGCUUCAAGACUAUGGAAGAGCCCAAGGAAUCUCCAUGGAUACUCUCACUUUCACUCACAGAGUAAUUCACAGCACCAGCAAUGAGCAAGAGGAUGACUUCUCCAUACUUCUCCAGAAGAGGCUCAACAUAGUCAGGAGAGCCUUCCAGGACCACUCUCCCAACCAGUCUCCCAAUGGUGUGACCAUUUUUGGUUUAUUCAUUGAGGGAGCACAGUGGAAUCCUGAACAGGAAGUAUUGGAAGACUCACUGCUCACUGACUUACGCUGUGAAUUUCCUGAUAUCCACUUUUUGCCAACAAAGAUUGAAACACUUCAUGCUUCUGACCAAACAAACUCAGAACUCCAGACUUUUAAAUGUCCAGUUUAUCAAACACCUGAGAGGUCAAGACAUACUAUUGGUUUACCAACGAAUUCCUUAACAUCUGUGCAUUUACCAACGAAGAAACCUCCUAGUCACUGGAUCACCAUGCAGGUUGCACUGCUGUGUGAGAAGAUUGAAUGAAAUAAAAUAUCCAUACCAAAACAGUGUAAGUUUGAGCUCUACCCAAAUUUACAUGCAUCAAGACAUCCACUUGUAAGGUCAUGUCGUCUGGCCAGCCUCAGCAGAUAAAAGGGAGAUUUCACUAGGUAAGCAGUGUCUGUGCUGGCUU